AUGAACUCUCUCGAACAUACUACUUCACCUAAUGAUAAUUCAUCUCCUAAUGAAGAGCGCAAAAAGAGUCCUCCCGCUUUCUUGGAUCUCGCAGACUCAGCUGCUCGACUAGGCACAAACCUCCCUGACAUGUCGGCAAGGGUCGAGUUAAAACGACUUGAGCACGAACGUCAGCGCGCCUUGCAACGCAAGUUCUUCGAAGACCAAAUGAAGGUGCUUGAGCAUCAACAGGCCCAGGAGCUCCUGACAAUCCCUUACGAGUCUGGACUUGUCGGCGGUGGCCAGCACAUCGCCCUGUCGGCACCAACAACCCCUCCCGGUGCCAGCAAGAAGCUCGCCGACCUCCGUGGCACCAUCGGCUCUCAAAGUCGCAUGGACCCCGACUCAAUCUCCAAGGCCUUCGGCAGCUCUUCUGACAAGCGGAAAUCCGUCACAUACGCCCCCAGUGUGAACCUCUCCCCCGACCUCGCCACCAAUGCUGGCUCCAAUGGCCACCCGUAUGCCCGCUCGGCAGGGGCCAAGAGCAUGCCAGCCAGCCGUCGCACCUCGGCAAGUGAGCAUGAUGAGGAACUCGCCGCACAUCUUCAGGGCCUCUCUUUAUUGGGAGAUCGCUCAAACCGUGCCUCCCCCAUUCCAUCCACCGUUACGUCCUCGAUAUUGCUUAGAGGGGGUAGGAUGGCUGACGAGGGCGCCCGUUACGCGAGCACUUAUAAUGCUGGCUUGAUGCUGGACGAGCAGUUGGAUCAGGAGAUGCACAAUGCCAUGCGCAAUCUACCCACCUCAGACGAGGACAAGUUCCAUGCAUAUGCUUCCAAGUUGUCCACUUCUGCAGCUUUGGAUUUGGCCCAUGCGUCCCAAACCUCUCCUCGGACUCAAUUUGCCAACCGGGGACUGGAGGGCCGGGAGCAGUCUUCAGAGUGGCCCCAGUUCACGGGAGGUAUCCCCCGUGGUCCUGAUGGCUUGGCCGGUAGGGCUGAUCGUCGUAAUGUGACCAACCCCAACAUCGCUCUUGGAGCAGACGAGGCUUUGGUCUCGGGCAUCCUUUCAUCCAACAGUGCUCUCGUCCAGCAACUGUCCCAAGGGGCUCCCCAGCAGACUGGACCACAAUCGCGUCGGGGAUCACCACACUCCCUCUUGGAAUCCCUGACUGCCAACACGAGAUCCGUCCCUGCCACCCCAUUGAACAUGUCCAAUGGCGCGCCUCAUCUCUUGAAGACUUCUCCAGGCACUCCGCUGACCCCGGACAUCCAAUUGAAUGGCCGAAUUGGGACCCCCAAUUCCCAGCACCUUGUCGAUGCUGGUUCCGAUCUCUCAGCCUCAUUGUCGCGAAUUCCUUCAGCAGGGCAUGACGCUAGUCCAAUGUCGUUUAAUUCCAUUCAAUCCGGUGGGCUUGACGACUAUGGCUUGGAAGCCACAUACGCCAUCAAUGCAGUCGAUGGGGGGGCUUACGGAGCCUACGGUUACGAGGGGCCCAGGGGAAGCAUUAGCGCUAGCCCUAAUGUCCACGUCGGACCUGGUGUUGGCGGCAAUGGUUAUCCUGCCUCUCGCUACGGUCUGGGCCUCGGUCGUGGCGGUCCCGGACCAUUGGACGGAAAAAUGAACGGUUUGCAUGGCCCCAAGCAUAAGCGCGGCGACAUCGACCGGGAGUUCAACCGCUUCGCUGGUACCCGCCUCGAGGAAUUGCAAGGAGAAAUCGCCACUCUUUGCAAGGAUCAACAUGGAUGUCGCUACUUGCAGAAGAAACUGGAAGAAGGUGUUCCCGAGCACCGCGACAUGAUUUUCCGCGAGACGUUCAAGCACUUCGCGGAACUCAUGACUGAUCCUUUCGGAAAUUACCUGUGCCAGAAGCUUUUGGAGUUUGCGACAGACGAUCAGCGCAACCUCAUCUGCGAGUCUGUAGCUCAAGAUCUGGUCAAUAUCUCCUUGAACAUGCACGGCACUCGUGCUGUUCAGAAGAUGAUCGACUUUUUGUCUACGAGACGACAGAUCCAUUCGAUCAUUCUCGCUCUCAGUCUUCAUGUCGUUUCGCUUAUCAAGGACCUUAAUGGCAACCAUGUCAUUCAGAAGUGCUUGAACAAGCUUGCGCCAGAAGACAACCAGUUUAUCUACAAUGCGGUUGCAGCUAACUGUGUCGAGGUUGCUACUCACCGCCAUGGUUGCUGCGUGCUUCAGCGGUGCAUCGAUCAUGCUUCGGAGGCUCAAAGGAUUCAAUUGGUCAACGAAAUCACCUACAAUGCACUCACCCUCGUUCAAGACCCUUACGGAAACUACGUCGUGCAAUACAUUCUUGACCUGAAUGAUAACAGGUUCAGCGAUGGAGUGAUUCGCCAAUUCUUGGGUAACAUCUGUGCGCUAUCUGUACAAAAGUUCAGCUCCAACGUCAUGGAGAAGUGCAUCCGUGUUGCGGAACACAACACCCGAAAACUUGUCAUUGAGGAAUUGCUCAAUAGGACAAGGCUCGAGAAGCUUUUGCGGGAUUCUUAUGGCAAUUACUGUGUUCAGACUGCUUUGGAUUACGCAGAACCGGGACAGCGCGCCCUUCUGGUCGAGGGCAUUCGCCCUGUCCUUCCAUUGAUUCGCAACACCCCGUACGGCAAGCGAAUCCAAAAUAAGCUUCAACGAAUUACCAACGGACAUGGUGGAAACCGCCAUCACAUGUCGAACGGAGGGUUGCAUGAUGUCUACAACUCGCAAGCGUUGUAUGGCAUGCCCCAACCUCAGGCUUCGUUCGGCCAGAAUCCCUUGGCCUCGCCUCUUCCUCCCUUGCACCCAUUGCAGCAGCCUAUCGACGGCUACGUUCUCCAAAAUGCGAACAACCCGGCGCUGGCUGGAGCGCACCCUGCUCCCUUCGCUGGUGCUUCGUUUGCCAAUGUCAACCCAUUCGCUGGAGCGAUGGGCGCCGGAAUGAACGACCACUAUCAACGUGCUGGAUUCGCCUAUGGGAUGUGA